AUGGGGGCUACAGGAGAGAAGUUGCAGUGGAUGAGAUUAGAAUGGAAGAGUUUGGAGAUUGUCAGUUGGAGAGCAGGCGUUAAGGGAAACAACCAUGGAACAAGGCGAGCAUUUUCAAGAUCUCGUGCACUAGUAAGAUCAUCCUCUUUCUCGGAUACAUACCGGAGCAAUGUUGACAAGAGUCUUUCAGUCAAGAAAUUCUCCAGGGAUAGAUUUAAAAAAACCCCACUCUCUGUAGCCAUGCAGAGGCAAACACUGGUAAACCCCAGGACUCUGGAACACAAGCUGGCUGAAGUGGAACAUUUAGAAGCUCUCAAGGGUUUAAACAGUUCAUCGGUGAACCAGAGGGAAUCCAAUGACAAUGUUUUAGGAUGUACUAGCAAUCGCAGUGGUCAUUAA